AUGUCCGGGUGCAAGUGUUUUCAUUGGAGCAGUGUGGUGAAUUUCUCUCAGCCCCAGCCACAAACUUUCUCUCUCCCGACUCCAAUUACCCAAUGGCCUGAAGGUCAAGGAUUUGCUUCUGGAACAAUUAAUUUAGGAGAAAUAGAGGUUCUCCUAAUCACCAAGUUUGAGUUUGUUUGGGGAUGCAAUCUGUUGAAGGACAAGAAAAAAGGUGUUAGUUUUUAUAAGCCAAUAGGAGUACCAAAAGGAUAUUUCAGUCUUGGUCACUAUUGCCAAUCUAAUGAUAAGCCCCUAAAAGGGUUUGUAUUUGGGGCCCGGGAAGUGGUGUCACCUGAGCCAGAAAAUUCCUGCUUUUGCAACCCAGAUUACUCCCCAGCCCUUCUCAAGCCCCUGGAUUAUGCCUUAAUUUGGAGUCCUGAUGAUGGGAGUCAAGAAAAUCAUGGCGAAUGUGGUUAUUUCUGGUUACCUCAACCUCCCGAAGGUUAUAAAGCUUUGGGCUUUGUUGUCACCAAGAAGCCUGAGAAGCCCGAGUUGGAGGAAGUUAGAUGUGUUCGAGCCAACCUGACAGAUCAAUGUGAAGCAUACUGUUUGAUACUCAAUACCAGUUCUAAAUCUCCACAGAAACCAUUUGCAGUCUGGAAAACUAGACCCCAGGAUCGGGGAAUGCAUGGGAAAGGUGUCUCAGUGGGGACACUUUUUUGCAGUAGCAACUGGACCUCCCAGGAAGAGCUACAUAUUGCUUGCUUGAAGAACUUAAAUCCCACUCUACAUGCAAUGCCCAAUCUCGGUCAGAUUCAUGCACUCAUCAGGCACUAUGGUCCUACUGUAUUUUUCCAUCCGCGUGAGGUCUUUUUGCCAUCCUCUGUUUCAUGGUUUUUCGAGAACGGAGCACUAUUGCACAGAAGUGGUGCAUCAGUUGGUGAGACCAUUGAUGCUGCGGGCUCAAAUUUGCCUUGUGGCGGGACAAAUGAUGGUGAGUACUGGAUAGAUUUGCCAAGUGAUGAUCGGAGGGAGAGGGUCAAGCAUGGAAACUUGGAAAGUGCAAAA